AUGUCUGAACUAACGCCUGCCCGUCGCGCUGAGAUCGAAUGGUAUGCCGCCAAAGUUCUUGAUGAUUACCGUUGCCUGCAGGCCAUCGUGAUGCGUCAUGAAGCGACAAUACAAAAACGCUGGUCCAAGAAGACUAAGGACCAACGUGCAAGCCUCUUGCUUCAAGUUUGGCCAAACAUAGCCAAGCGAAGACAUGGCCACUUAUCUGCGGCGAACAUAGCGAGGAAAAGAACCCCCUGGAAGCUCUCAAACAACAGAGAUCAACCAGACAUAUCCGAUGGCUCAGCCAAAAAUGUAUGGACACAUAUCAACCAGGAAGACCUGUGCAGGCCACUGAAUCUUCUGCUGUUGAUAAAGUCAAGGGCCCGCUUUCACCCUUGUACUUUUGCUGGACAAGAUGGCGCGAGCAUAUAUAACGGGAGCUUGAAACAUCACAAAGAAACAAUCCCAACUGAAAGCGUAGUUUUCCUCAACGGUGAAGAGGACUAUGGAAAAGUCAUGUUGCGAGAUGACGUCCCAUCCCCGUACAAUAGCCUUCAUCCCGGCAUAUUGUUUCAGAUUUUCGAAGCACGGGACAUUCUUCCAUUUCAGAAGUUCCUCCUACAGUCUCUGGUCUGCUGCUGCAUGUACAUACUCCACGAUAUCCCUCCUGAUGAGAUUUUCAGUGGAAAGUAUCCGAUUCAACCGGAGCCGAAGUUGAAGAAGAUUAAGGCAGAUAAAAAUCUAUACACGUCUCUCUCAACUGUAGUCGAGGAGGCUGCCUACCUCCCCCCUCCUGGUCUCGAUGUCGACCGUAUCAAAGCGCUUCUCGAUGCCAGGUUUGCUGCCGCAGUGGAUCACAUGGUGGCGCUUCGUGAAGAUCCUGCGUACUUUGUGAGAGAAUGGAAAGAAGAACUGGAGCACAACCCCGGUUCAGUUCAAGACAAUCGAGGACGAAGUGGUUAUGUGCUUGACACUAAGAGCAAAACAGUAUCGCAACCGGAUUCCUCUAUAAUGUGGGCUCACUCAUUGGCCCGGAUGAGACAGAGAGCGUACGAACAAUUAGAGAUGUUCAGCAGGCUCCAGGGGGUAUUGGCGAUGGUGCAGAAAGAAUACAGGAUGCAUGGCCCAUCAUUAACUCCGGAAAAAGAUCUGCCUAUGCCACUCUUCCGUUCGCUGGUCGGUUUCCGAAGCGUACUUCACAAAUCGCUCGUGAUACUCUUGCGCGCAAUUCAUGAUCAAGUACCGCCUUCGCCGCCCCUACGCCGAUUCUUCCUUCGCCCGGGUAGUCAUCGUCAGGAAGCUCAGAUCAGAUACUCAGUCGACAAGUCAUCAGUUGGCAUCAAGUUCAUUAACAAGAUACUGCCAUUGCUUCAGUGCAUUGAAGUCUCUGAACUGGAUAAGAUGUCUGCUUAUUUGGACGAGCUAUCCCGGUACAUGACGGAUGAGCCCCAGACUCGCGACCUUCUGAGCCCGAUGACGGCGAGCCUUAUCGGCGACCUCUCCAUCAUCGCACAGUGUACCAACCAGCUCCAGAUGUUUUUUCCCUGGUCUCGAAGUUUUGAACAAGAAAUGAAAAGGGUCCAUGACAUAGUCUCCAUUGGGUGGGAACUCUGUUUCAAGCCCAUUGCCAAAGCGACUUCUCCUCUGGUCGAAUCACUGCUGAAAGAUGUCCCCUUGUUAUGUGAUCCGACGGAUCACAAAUACGAUCAUCCGUCUACGAAGCGUAAGACAAAGGAGAACACAGAUAAAAUGCGGCACGCUGAAGGCAAUUUGGAUUUGAUCUGGGACUACAUGGACGAGAAGGCCGCUCGCGACCAAAAUCUCACAUAUGAUUGCUUGAUGGGGUUUUUCCAUCACCUCCCCCAUCCGAAGCACCGCACGCCUGAGUGGAUAGAGCCAUCGCCAGAACCGAUUGACCAUGCGCCUUCGCAGCCUCGCACCGAAGACGAAGUUCCCUUUAGUGUCCUGGAAAGUCUUCGCAUUGGGAGCGAACAAAGCCCCGCCAAGGAGGAGCCCAGAAAGCCCAAAACGAAGACGCGAGGUGAGCCCUCGACGCAGGAUCCGCCACUUCCUGCUCCUAUCAUCGACGAAGAGGUAGAGCCCAUCGUCGAACCAAUCCAGGUCAAUGCAAGAGCCUUGCGUGUUUUCCGUACACUGUUCUUCGAUCCUGAUGCGCAUUCAGAGGCACGAGAGUUAUCUUGGAAGGACUUUGCAUAUGCAAUGACCUACAAGGGCCUCUAUUCUAUAGAACCGGUGGGUGGGUCAAUUUGGAGGUUUACGAACCAGACAACGGGAAAUGCUAUGCUCUUCCACAAACCACAUGAUCCGACAUAUGCGCCCCAUGAGGUACGACGCAUAGCAGGGCGGCUGCAAAGGAGACUCGGCUGGCACGCGAAGGCUUUUGUGAUUGCUUAG